AUGGCUAGUUCAGCCGAGCGAUCACAUGGUCAUGAUGCUCGCACAUAUUAUAAUAGUACACAAGAGCAUGGUUUAGAUCAACGUAAUGAAAGUAAAAUUUUACAUUUGCGUAAUUUUAAUAAUUGGAUCAAAAGCACAUUAAUUGAUGGAUAUUUGCAACGUAUUAGAAAGGAACAACCUGAUCGAAGUAAUAAAAUUCAUGUAUUUGAUAUGGGUUGUGGUAAAGGUGGUGAUCAGCUGAAAUGGCAAGUUGGUCGUGUUAAUUUCGUUACUUUUGCUGAUCUUGCUGAAAAUUCAGUUGAAGUAUGCAAGCAACGUUAUUAUGAGAGACAGAAAAAAUGCAAUUAUAAUGCAGAUUUCUUUCCACUUGAUUGUACUAAAGAACUUAUUCGAAAUAAACUGAAAACUACUGAACCAUGCUUUGAUCUAGUCAGUACACAAUUUGUUCUUCAUUAUGCAUUCGAUAAAUUGGAAUCAGCUAAUCGAUUUUUACGCAAUGCUGCUGAAUUUUUACGUGUAGGUGGCUAUUUUAUUGGUACUACUGUGAAUUCAUGUGAAUUAGUUGAACGUUGUCGUAAUUCACCGAAUCAGAGUAUUUCUAACGAUGUAUUUAAUGUCGCAUUCGAUCCUUCUAUCGAUCUGAGUAAAACCAGUAACGAAUCAAUUCCGUUAUUUGGUGCUAAGUAUCAUUUUACUCUUGAUGAUGUUGUUAAUUGUCCUGAAUAUCUUGUCUAUUUUCCUUUACUUGAAGAAUUGGCAAAAAAACAUGGCCUAAAAAAAGUUGAACGACAAACAUUUAAAGAAUAUUUUGAUAACAAUAAGGAUACUAGUGGUGGUCGUUUUCUAUUAUCGAAAAUGAAUGCGUUAGAGUAUUAUGAACUUCCGCCAGACAAUCCACAUAAUCAACGAGGACCAAUUAUUGAUCAUACUCGAUACACACAUGCUGCAAAAUACAUUAAUGACGUUAAUACACAAAAUCAAAAUUCUAUGAAAAGUUGUCGAACUUUAUCUAAACAAGAAUGGGAUAUGACAAUUCAACAAUCACGUUCAAAAGUCUUCAUAGCUCGUCCAACACUUAAGAUGACUACCAGAUGUCGAACUACUCGUCGACAGACCACAUAUUUGUCUAUACCAUCUACUAUAAAUGGUAAUAUCAAAGGUGGUCAAGUAUUAGCUGUUGGUGAAAAUGGUAUGACACAAUUAGGAUUAAAAAGUUCUAUUGAUCAACGAAAGAAUCCUCAACCUGUACUUAUUUCUGAACCUGUUGUACAAAUUGCUGCCGGUCCUUUACAUUCGGUUUGUUUAACAAAUCAAAAUGAUAUUUAUACAUUUGGCUGUAAUGAUGAAUAUGCAUUGGGCCGUUCAGAUAAUAAUAAUGAUGAUAAUAAUAAUGAUGCUGAUCCAUUUGGAAAAGUUGAUUUAACUAAAGUAUUGAAUAUAGAUCAAGAAAAUAUUGUACAAAUCGUUGCUGGUGAUAGUCAUACAUUAGUUUUAUCAAAUAUGGGUAAGGUUUAUGGUAGUUCACAUGGAAUUUAUGGUCUUGUUCGCAAUGGUAAAAUGGCAAAACAUCCAAUUGAAAUUCCUUUACCAGAAAAAAUUGUUAAAUUAGCAAGUGGAUAUGAUUUUAUAUUAUUUCUAAGUGAAACAGGACAUGUUUAUUCAUGUGGUAAUGGAGAAACAGGUCAAUUAGGUAGAGUUAGUCGAUAUGUAUCGGAAGAUGGUGGACGUAGAGGAAUUGAACGAUUAAUUACACCUGCACCUAUUCUUUAUAAUCGAUCAUCAAUUAAAGACAAAAAUUUAUUAUUUGAAGAUAUUUUUACUGGUGCUCAUCAUUAUUUUUUAAAAGUACAAGGUCAAUCUUAUAUACUUGCUGCUGGAUUGAACAAUUUUCAUCAAAUUGGUUUAUCAUCAACAGAGCCUGUCUUUUUUCCAACACAUAUUCCAUCAUUAGAUGGUUACCAAUGGAAAAAAUUUGCCGGUGGUCUCCAUCAUACACUUGGUCUUACUAUUGAUGGUGAAGUUUAUGCGAUGGGACGCUGUCAUGAAGGUCAAUUGGGUAUUGACGCUCUAAAGACUCAUGUUGAUAAACCAACACUUAUUCCAAAUAUUCCAAAAGCUGUUGAUAUAGCUUGUGGAAAUCAUGUUUCAUUUAUCAUUGAUAAAACAGGCAAAGUUUAUUCAUUUGGUACUGGUACAUCCCUUCAACAUGGACAUGGAGAAAAUGAUAUUAAAAUGCCACGCAUGAUGUCAUCGAAAUUUAUGGAUAUUAAAAAAAUUACCAAUAUUGCUGUCGGUGCUCAACAUACAAUUUUUCUCACUAAAGAAUAA